AUGGUGGCGGUAGCGGAUCGGGACCCGGCGAUGCUCCGUUCCGCUCCGCGCCCGAACCUGGCCCAGCAGCACCGAACCGACCCGGGGGGACUCGAUUGCAACGCAAGAGGGAGAAGAUCGGGAAGGAGGAGCGAGUGUCGUCAUCAAGUUUGGACCAAUCAACGCUGGGGUGGAAGCGGGGAGUCGAUCGUCGUUCUGCUUCUAUUGCCAGAAGGCCACCAAGAUGGCUACUUGGAAUGGGUUGAGCCUCACUUGACCAGCGAAAGCCCCAACCUCAACUUGAAGCGAUCUUCUGCCUGUACCAAUGUUUCACUCCUCAACCUGACUGAUGGGGAGCAUGAUGACUCUACCACUGAGAAUAAGCCCCCAGAUGAUGGGGAUCCGCCAGAGGGAGCAGCUGGGGAAAGAAAGGAUCCCUCACUCCCUGUCAAGGCAGGAUGGUCUGAGGAUGACUAUGACACUCCCAUCCAACAGCAGGAAGUGAGCAAUAGCGGCCUCUUGCGAGCCAAGGACUCUAUCACCAGCCUCAAGGAGAGGACGUCCAAGGUCAACCGCCAUGUUCAGAACCUGCAGAGUGAGUACACAACCCUGUGUGAAAACCUGGAGCGGCGCAGGCAGGAGGCUGAAGACCUGGAGGAGUACUGUACUCAGCUUAAGAGUGAGUGCUCGGUGCUGUGCGAAAACCUGGAGCGGCGCAGGCAGGAGGCCAAAGAUCUGGAGGAGUACUGCACUCAGCUCAAGGAGAGGUGCCGAAAGGUCACAAAAUCUGUUGAGGAUGCUGAAGUUAAGACCAAUGUGCUCAAGAAAAACUCAGCACUGCUGGAGGAGAAGCUGUGUUUCUUACAGCGGCAAGUACAGUCAGAGGACCUUAGCCAGCAAGUGAAGCCACUCCUGGAAGAUGCAUCUCAGCACUUCUCCACGUUCAAGAGUUUGGACACACUUGAAAAAUACUCUGCCAGCUGUGCCAGAUGUGCCAGCUAUAGCUUUGUGAACACUGAAAUGCUGCGGCAGAUGGUCGAGAAUGCAGUGGCCCCCAUCUUGGAGGAGUUAAAGCAGAGGAGCCCACCCUUGGGUACAUGCCCCAGCUGCCAGCGUUUGCAGAAGAAGAUAAUGGAUCUGAAACAGUCUGCCUUGGAUACACAUACUCGGGCAGAGGUUCUGAGUUCGAACAUUCAUCUGGCUCAGGAUGAAGCUUGGAGUGCCAAGAACCAUCUGGAGCGGGCAAGGAUCAAUCCAGAGGACAAGGCCUUUGGCCUGGAUUAUCUUCACAAACAGCUGAGCUCCCUCCCUUCGCAACUGUCCCUGUCCUCCCAGGAGGGAGCAUCCCCUAGAAUCUCCAUGCCCGCUGCUGGGGUCCUCAUGAAGAAUUCCUGCCCUGCCGAGUUAAAUUGUGACCCCCAAUAAUGAAUAUGAGUAAUAAUAAUAAAAGAGAUGAACGUGA